CAUAAAUGGCCAACAUCAACUGCAAUAUGCCUUAAUGAAAAAGUGUAGAUUUCAUUUGUCACGGGAGUUGUCAUUGCCUGAAAAAUUCCAGAAGCGCUUGUUUCAGCUCAGCUGCUGCCGUUGACCAACUGGUGUUGGUCCAUCACACACACACACACACACACACGCACACACACACACACUGAGUAGACGUCUAUAAAGAGACCUAAAAGCUCUUGUGUUCCUUCUUGUGUCUCUUCCUGUGCCAUAGGCAGUAUUCCUCAGGAUGGCAGAGAAAAAGAUGUCAACCAGCCGGAAGAAUCAGCUUAAGAGCCUGCUACUGCAGAUCGCUGAGACAAUGUUGGAAGAGGAGGCCGGGGAAGCAGAGAAGGAGAAGAUGGUGUACAUGGAGGAGAACUGCCCAGUCCUCUCCAUCUCAGGAGGUACACAGGAGCUGCAGGAACUGUGCCGGAAGCUUCACAAACAGAUUGAGAUGGUGGAUGAAGAGAGAUAUGACAUGGAGAUGAAAAUGAAAAAGUCUAAUAAGGAGAUUGACGACUUAAAGCUGAAGGUUCGGGAUCUUAAUGGCAAGUUUAGAAAGCCAGCAUUGAAAAAGGUACGAAUGUCUGCUGAUGCCAUGCUGGCUGCUCUUCUGGGCUCAAAACACAAAGUGUCCAUGGACCUGAGGGCCAACCUGAAGCAGGUCAAAAAGGAAAUAAAAGAGGAGGAAAAACAAACUGGUGACUGGAGGAAAAAUAUUGAACACAAGGCCGGGAUGGACGGCAGGAAGAAGAUGUUUGAGACAGAUGCCUAAAUAUCAGUGUGUCAAAAGUGUUAGUGUAUGUUUUAUUAUGUAGGUCUACAUCGCUUAAAACUUGUAUAGAAUAUAAA